AUGGCAAAUCUUCAACAACUGAAAAAAUUGCGGCCGUUGGGCAAACUUGAACAAGUAUCCGCUUGUUGCCAUCAUCUAGGCUUCUUCAACAAUGUUGGACUCUCCGCUCAUUACAACUUAUCCGGGCCUUCAUCUCCAGCUGGAUUCAACCUACGUCAUGUCAUCUAUGCCGCAAUAAGGGAUGUGAUACGCAAACACCGGAUUCUCUUUGCAAUUCCAGUCAAUGAAGAUUCGCCGGAUACUUACUUUGCUUCCCUUCCGUUCAUUGAUCUCGACCGAAGCAUCCACUUCGCUAAACGGUCCCAGCCUUUACCUCGGAAUGGAGAAGACAAGGACGAGGAACUCGACACAAUCCUCCAGGAACAGCAUAAUACCAACUUCCGGUCUGACUAUGGGACCUUGCCUUUCUGGCGCCUGAUUAUUUUGCAGACGCCCGAGGUGGAGACAGAGUUUACCGCUUGCUUUGUCUAUCAUCACGCAAUUGGAGACGGCGUUUCCGGUGUUGUUUUCCACGAUGAGUUCCGCAAAGCCCUGGAUGCAGCCUGCUCCACUUCUGCACUGCAAUACAAUAUUGAGGAACGUGUUAUGCCAGAUGAGAACGUUCAAGUUCUUCCACCAGUCGAAGAAUUGCAUCCUCUGCCUGUCAUCCCAACUCCCCCUGCCCCAGGGGCUGCAAACUUGAAGGAGUGGACCGGGAAGUCCAUCCAUACCCCUUGCAGAUCCCGCUGGACGUCGUUGUACGUCUCAGCACAUGCAUCCAGAGCCUUCUUUGCGGAAUGUAAGGCGAAAGGCUUAUCGGUGACACCUGCAUUGUCAUCCAUCAUCGCCUCGGUUCUAUUCCGAACCCUCCCACAAACAGAGGAGGCGCUUACCUGCAUCAUACCCAUUAGUUUACGACCAUGGUUGAGCACACCUCGUGAAGCUGCCAAUGCUGCUAUUGGAACAUACUUCGACGCUACCAGGGUGAAGCUCACUAAGCCGGACCAGAAUACUCAGGACGUUGGUUCCACGGAUAUCUGGCCCGGAGCUAGUCAAGUUUCCAAAGCAAUGAAGGACUACCUUUGCAACGUCUCGCCAUCCGGAGAGCCUUACACUGCAAUCGCAGUUCUCAAAGGCAUUCCAGACUUCUCCGUCAUCUGCGGUGCCAUGCUGGGACAGCCCCGUGACGCAGCUUUUGAAGUGACAAACGUUGGACAAAUUCCUGCCCCGGCAUCACCCCAGGGAGGAGAUGACCAUAUUUGGCAGGUAGGCAAAGUUCUUCUCAGCCGAAGUGCCCUUGUUUCGGGUGCUGCUAUUACCGUUAGUGUUGCUACUGGUGGAAAUGGUUCCAUGGCUAUUGGCUUUAGUUGGCAGGAGGGUGUGCUGGAGAAUGGCAUUCUGGACAAUGUGAUUAAUGGUGUGAAUCAAUACUUUGAGAAGUAUAAGCAGGGGACGGAAGGCAAAGAUGCAUAA